ACAAUAUGUAGCUGCACCCCACAUUUAGUAGUAAAAUAAAAAUCUAUUUAAAUAAUAAUACACAUGCUUAAAUGUAGUUCUAAAAUACUUAAAUUAAAAAUUCUGUUUUGUCAGUUGUGUGAUCGAGUUCAUGGAAAUGGUAUCGGAAGCAAAGUUGAAUGGUGGUGAGAUGGAAGCCCCUGUCGAGCUGCCGCCUGCAUUGGCGGAGAAGCCUGCUGGCCUGCCGCCUGGCAAGUAUUCCCUGGUCGGAUGGGAUAUGGACACAACAGGGAGGAGACUCAUAGAUGAGAUAUGUCAGAUCGCAGCGUACACCCCGAAACAGACAUACUCGCAGUAUAUAAUGCCCUAUGGAGAUUUGAACCCUGGAGCGCGUCGCCGCCACAACGUCCGGGUCGUUACCGUUGGCCGCUAUCGUAUGCUUAAGGACACCGUCACCCAUAAGAUUUUGAAGACUAAAUCUGAGAUAUCGGCCCUGUCUGAUUUCCUGGACUGGUUAGAGAAAGAGAAGGGAGAUGGCAGUGUCAUUCUCAUCUACCACGAGCCUCGCCGCUUAAGCCCCACCAUGCUUCUAGAAGCACUGACCAGGUACAAGUUGCUGGAUCGCUUCAAGACUAUCGUGGCGGGUUUUGCCGACAGCUACGCGCUGGCGGCUGAUAAGUGCAAGACUACAGUGAAAUCUGUAUCAUUGAGGGUUUUAGCCAGAGUUUUACUCGACGCCGACUCACUAUCCGUAGAUAGUGCAUUAGACAGGGCCACUGCUGCAUAUAGGAUUGUCGAACACCUUGCACAAGGUGAGCAGCAGGAAGUGGGUGCGGGGGGCGAAGGCGCGGGGGCGAGUGCUGACAUGGUGGAGACAGCGCGGGUCUGGGCGAGACCUGUACAUACGGAGUUGGAAGCACUCGCUAACCUCAAGCGGCUGCUGGAGAGACAGAACACGUUCCGGCCAGUAUUCGCACCGCUAUUAAGACUGGCGCGACCGGAACGCAAGCGCGUCACACAACUGCGACGUAUACUGGCGGACGCCGGUCUACUGUACGAACAGCUCAGGGACGCCUGGCAAGAACAGAAGCUGGAGGGUUUAGAAAAGCAACUGGCUUCAUUAUCAGUAUCUGCGAAAGAGAAAGACAUUCAGGAGCUCAUAGAAAUAUUCGACUGCCAUUUUGAUCCUGCCAAAGAGCCCAAAGGCCCUAAACCUAGAUUACCAAGAAAUAGAACUAGGGCAACAUCGUCCGCGGGUGAGACUGGCGAGGCUGAAGGGACGUCUAGCGAUUCGCAGAACAGCUCGCCGCACCACUCGCCUAAUAAUACCAACACUAACGAGAUAGCAGUGGGUGAUACUAGUCAAAAGGUAUCUGCGCCAGAACCGGUAGCGGCAAACUAACGACUGGCGAUCACAUAUGCUUAGACUUUUCUACCACAUUACUAUCGUUUAGUCUCGUAACAAAGCCAUAGGAAUGUGACAAAAAAACAUUUAUUCGUAUUAUACAUUAGAAUUAAGUCUCCUUUGGAAUUGAAAGAAAUUGUUUUGCAUGCAUCGGUGAACGAGUUAUCACAUUGUUUUUUUUUUCUCUAAUGUUCUGCAAACGCCCAAGUUAUACUUUUCCUCUUUGCUUUAUGCAUAAAGUUUAUCUAUAAUAAUAGUCGAUAAUGUAGUUGAGUGCCUUAGCAACUCAGUGUAAUAAGAUUAUAACAUUUGGUAUAUCCAUAAUAUUUUUGUGUCUACAUUUUGGUGAACAACGUUUUUGUUGUUUUUGCAAUGUCAUGCAUAAUAUUGUUAUAUUAAGCCGUUUAUACACGAGAUAAUAAUAUAUUAAAGGUCGCUAUAUUGUGUUGAAGCGGUGUUGUAAACUUUGUGAGUGUCACGAAGUUGCGGAGUUUUAUACUAUUUUUAAUAUCACAGUUAAAUAUAUAGCUUGUUAAAGCAAUAUUUUAUUGUUUUAAAUUGGGGGCUUAGAACAAGGAUUAUAUAAUAAAAAAAAAGUACAAUUUGUUUAUUUAUUCAAAGUUACUUUAUUUAUUUUUUAAAUGUGUGCAAUCACAUUGGGAAUGGAUGGACUGAUUUUUUGCAUCCGCAUAAUAUUUUAAAAUAUUUUAUUUAUUUUUUCCUUUUGUUUCCUUUUGAUUGUAAGUUAUUAGGCUGUUCUUGAUGCAUUUUGCUAUAACACUGCUGCUCAAGUUGUUCCGUUUGCCAUAGGAAAAUGUUUCUUAUUGAAUGUAAGGUUUUCCUUUUACCAUACAAUAAGCUAAUGUAAUGAAAAAAAAAAUACAAAGUGUGUACCUAUUAACUUACCUCUAAUUUAGUUAGUUUUAACAUAGACUGUACAUAUAAUUUAAUUUCUUAUUUUGUUCAGAU